UUCCUCCAUGGAAGCUCAUGCCAAUCCUCAUGUUGAAGGAAAAUGGUCCACAGGCUUCUGUGAUUGCUUCUCUGACUGCACAAACUGUUGUAUUACGUGCUGGUGUCCAUGUAUUACACUUGGCCAAAUCGCUGAGAUUGUAGAUCGAGGAUCCACCACGUGUGGUGUGGCUGGAGCAUUAUACGUGUUGAUAAAUGUAUUCACGGGUUGUGGUGGAUGUAUUUACUCGUGUUUAUACCGUCAAAGGAUGAGAGCUCAAUACAACAUUAGUGGUAACAAUUGUGUUGAUUGCCUUAAACAUUGUAGCUGUUGCUGGUUCUGCUGGUGCUGCUGUGAGCUCUGUGCUUUGACCCAACUAUACCGCGAGCUCAAGCACCGCGGUUACAAUAUGAAUCUUGGUAUAUAUAUAUAUAUAUUUUAUACGGCUCUUUUAUUUUCAUUCCAUUUUAUUUGUUUAUUAUAA